AUGGAUCUGAACAACCAUGUGCUCCUUUUAGCAAAAGAAGUUGGAAUGAAGUUCCUUGAACAGAAACUAAAGACAAGAAUAUUUCCAGAUGGGAAUGGCACUCAGAAAUACUUCUUUGGCAUAGUUGACUAUUCAGUUUCAAGUGACUAUCAGGGAGAAGUUGAAAUAUCAAUAAUAGGACUGUCUAUUACAAUAAAUAUGAUUGUGGCACAAAAUAACAGAGGACAUCUGCUGGUGUCUGUCCAAAACUGCCAUUUGAGCACUGGAGAUAUUGAAGUCCAGCUUAAUGGUGAAGGAAGGUGGUAUUAUAAUGCUUUUGUUCGACAUUUGGAAAAUGCUAUACAUACAAGGCUGGAAAACCAAUUUUGCCUAAAUGUUGCAUUAAACAUUCAAAAAGAGGCUGAAGUACUUAAGAGGCUAAAGGGUGUAUUCCAGAUUAAUCCUAUUAUUCAAGUAAACUAUUCCCUUAUUAAACCUCCUGAAGUCUUUAAAUCCUAUGUUGAUCUGGAUUUUAAGGUUUCUGUGUAUCUAUCAAGAAAUCAUACAGAGUCUCCCUUUGUGGCAGCCCCCUUCCCUCUUCCAGAGAAGAAUGACUAUAUGCUCUUCAUUGGAAUUUCUGAAUCUUUGCUAAACUCUAUUUCAUUAACUUAUUAUACUAGUAGAGUGUCAAAGAUAACUUUUUCCGACGAGCAUUCUUCACGUUUUAAUUUAACCACAGACACUUUAAGCAGAAUCAUUCCUCAAGUUAUGCAGUAUUAUACUGAAUCACAUCCAGUGAGAAUGAAAUUAAUGGUUACUGCAGCUCCAGUUGUAAGGUUGCAAAAUAACAGUUUCACUAUAGAGAUUCCUUGUUUUGUAGUAGUAUCUGCUCUUCUGUUAAACUUAACUAAGCCCAUCUUUGUCGUGAAUAUAUCCAUAGGUCUGAAUGCCAAUGCAGCAAUAGUUAAACAAAAGCUAAUUAUCUCAUUGCAGCUCCAGAGAUUACAACUGUCUUUGACUUACUCAAACAUUGGCUUUUUCCAGGUCCAACAUUUGAAGAACUUCCUGUCUUAUUCCUUGCAAAAUACAGUGAUUCCACCAAUCAGUGCUGCACUGAAGAGAGGAUUACAGUUACCUACAAUGGCCAGGCUUGCUUUCCCUGAAGCUGUCACUGAAGUUAACCAGGGAUAUAUACUGAUUUCCACUGACGUAAAUUACAAAUAUUAAGGAAACAGAUAUUUCAU